AAUAAUAAUACAAACAAACAAACAAACCAAUAAAUAAAACAUCAGAGAAUUAGAAUGAAGUAAAAAUGAGAAUUCACAGGAUGGUAAGGAGAUAGAUACACAUAUAGGCCUAGUAAAACCAGUGCAGUGUAAAUGAUGCUAAGGAUCUGCUUGGUGUUAGAAGGUGUGUAGAAAUGGAGAUUAGUAGCCGGUUUUCCCAAACUAUAUAUAGGCUCUCCCAGGCCAACCAGAUGCCGCUAGUUCUGCCUGACUCAAGGUGGCAGCCUGACUUGCUCAUUCCCUUUACAUGUGUAUUAGUCGCAGAGAUGUCAAAUGUGACUGAUCUCGAUUACUGUGAUAAACUCAGAGAAUUUCAAUUAGUGCAAAUUAAUGGAACGUGGAACAGACGACGUGGAAGUGAACACUCUGACCACCAGGGACAUCUGUCGCCUGCUAAAAUCUAUGAGAGCUCCACAGCUGACGGUGUCUGCUGGACAGUGGUGAGCCCCAUCGUGUUCACCUACAGAAUCAUCCAAUGCAAUAACCUUCUGGACGCUGAUAAUGACACCCUGCUGUUUGGCCACACGGGGUGCUGUGGAGAGCUGCAGAACAGCAGCAAGCCCAUAAAGCGCUUUAUUGUCAUAGAUGAGACCGUCCAUGCGCUCUACGGGAGUAGGAUCUCGGAGUACCUGAAGGCCAGGAAUGUCGUCUACAAGAUGCUGCCUUUGCCCACUACAGAGGAAAACAAGUCCAUGGAGCUUGUCACGACAAUCCUUGAGGAAGUUCACCAGUUUGGCAUUGACCGAAGGUCUGAGCCAAUCUUGGCCAUUGGUGGAGGAGUGUGUCUCGAUAUUGUGGGACUAGCGGCGUCUCUCUAUCGUAGAAGGACUCCCUACAUCCGCAUCCCGACCACGUUGCUGGCCUAUGUGGAUGCCAGUGUCGGGGCAAAGAAUGGGGUCAACUUUGCCAACUGUAAAAACAAGCUGGGAAGCUACAUCCCCCCGGUGGCCGUGUUCCUAGACAGGUCUUUCCUGGGGACCGUCCCACGCCGCCACAUCGCCAAUGGACUGGCUGAGAUGUUGAAGAUGGCUCUAAUGAAACACAAAGGCCUGUUUGAGCUUCUGGAGUCAGAGGGGCCGAGGCUUCUGGAUUCCAAGUUCCAAACCCGUGAUGAGACCGACAGGACAGACCAGUCGCCUGCUGCUUCAGCAUCCUCUAGGAUCGCCAUAGAGACCAUGCUGGAGGAGCUGGCUCCAAACCUGUGGGAGGACGAGCUGGACCGACUGGUGGACUUCGGACACCUCAUCAGCCCUGAGCUAGAGAUGAAAGUGUUACCUGCGCUGCUGCACGGCGAGGCAGUGACAAUCGACAUGUCCCUCAUGGUGUACGUGGCCUGUGAGCGAGGCCUGCUGACCGCUGCGCUGCGGGAUCGGGUGGUCCGCUGCAUGCGCGCCCUGGAGCUGCCCGUGUGGCACGCGGCCUGCAGCCUGGAGCUGGUGAGGGAGGCCCUUGGCCAGCGACUCAAGCACUCCGGAGGACUGGUCAGGAUGCCACUGCCCACAGCUCUGGGGCGAGCAGAAAUCUUUAAUGACACAGUCAAACACCAUCCUCAUUCAGAAGAAGCUAGCAGUCGGCCUGCUAACCUCACUAAAACAAGGCAGUCAAACACCAUCCUCAUUCAGAAGAAGCUAGCAGUCGGCCUGCUAACCUCACUAAAACAAGGCAGUCAAACACCAUCCUCAUUCAGAAGAAGCUAG